UAAAUGGAAAUUAACAGAGAAGCCCGCCCCGUCCAGUCCACCACCCGCGGAGUCAGCGUGAUUCUUCUGGUUUUAUCGGCGAUGGGUGGUUUAUUUCUUAUCGUCUAUUAUCUCCUCUCCGCUUCUGCCUCUUUGCCAAUUCCCUCUAUUGCUAUCGCUAGAGCAGAUGCUGAUCUCACUCAACCUUCUUUCACUCCUAUCAACCGGGAUCUUUACCAUUCCAGAUUAUUCCUUGUCUUCCAGAGUUUUGGGCAGCAUGGACGGGAGCUUAUUACAUCUGAACUGGCAUUGCGGAUCUUGUCAAUCUUAAGUGAAGAACAGUUUCUACCAAAGAUGGACCGAGCUUCCUUAAAUGCUAUCCUCGAGAAUGUUUGUUGUAAAGGUACAUUUUUACUUGCAAGAACAUUCCUGGCUUAUGUUGGGCCUCUGUAUAGUGAAGUGACUUGUUUAAGAAAAUUUAGUUUACUCAAACUUCAACUGCGAGCUUGCUACAGGAGGAAGUAUGAAUAA